AUGUGCGACCUCACUGUGAUAUUUGAAGCCCUGGCUGAGAACACAGGUCUAAAGGACCUGAAGGUGAAUCUUCAAGCCUGUGCAAAGGGAAGCUUCAGGGACUUGAUGAAGGAGCAGGGGAACGAUGUCUACAAGGCAGCAGCUGCUGCUUUUCGCAGCAAUCGAAGCUUGAUCAAGCUGGAUUUGAUUCUGUUGCAGCGGCAUUGGCAAGAUCAGAUUUGCAGGGGCUUGAUGCAAAACAAGGAGGACGGUUAUGAGCCCAAGAUGAGCUAA